AUGGCAGGUCAAGAACCUGCAGUGGGCUCCCCAGCGCCAAAGCAGAAGGGGAAAGCGACUAUUGAUACUCUGAAGAUAGGAUGUCUUGCUAUGGUUAUGAAGGAAGGGCGAACUCGAAGAGCAGAGGUCUUGAGCAUUAAAGAGACAAAGAGUGGCCGACAGUUCUACUGCAACUUCGACAACUUCAAUAAGCGUCUAGACGAAUGGGUACCCGCUGCGAGGAUAGACUUUGAACAGGAAGUGGAAUGGCCAAAUCCAGAGUUGCCCAAGGAGGCCAAGAAAGCUGCGGCUCCUGUGGCAAAGAAGACCACCGUGACAAAGAAAUCGCAGAAGAGACCUGCCGCAACAAGAGAGGCAUCCAUCAUCUCGGCGGAAUCAGAGACACCAAAAUGGAGCGACUCCAUGGAAUCCCAGAAAGCUACACCUGACGUAGAAGGUGAGGAUAAGACUGCACUUAAGCUGGAACUCGAAAGGGACGCAGCCACUCCUAAUUAUGAGGAUGAUGAUGCUAUGGAUGGUGAUGAAACAGCCAUAAAAGCAAUCAAGGCAAAGAAGGAGCUCCCCGAUCCGCCACAGAGCCGCGCAGAGGAAAUCGAAAAGCUUAGGGUAGGGGGAUCCAUGACCCAAAACCAAGCUGACAUAUCUCGUAUUCGAAACAUAUCCAAAGUGCAGUUUGGCAACUACACCCUUUACCCUUGGUACUUCUCUCCAUAUCCCGAAAGUUUCACGCAAGAGGAUCUGAUGUACAUUUGUGAAUUCUGUCUGUGCUAUUACGGCGAUCUGAAGGCGUUCACUCGACAUCGGCAUAAAUGCGCGAUGCAACAUCCACCUGGGAAUGAGAUAUACCGGGAUGACUAUGUCUCAUUUUUCGAAAUUGAUGGUCGUCGACAACGGACGUGGUGUCGGAAUCUAUGUCUUCUUUCUAGGAUGUUUCUGGAUCACAAAUCAACCUAUCACGACGUCGACCCUUUUCUUUUCUACGUAAUGACGACCAGAGAUGAGAAGGGAUGUCAUUUGGUCGGGUACUUUUCCAAGGAGAAAGAAAGUGCUGAUGGUUUCAACGUCGCCUGUAUCCUCACCCUCCCACAAUUUCAGCGAAAGGGUUACGGCCGCCUACUCAUCCAAUUCUCCUAUGAACUAUCCAAGAUUGAAGGCAAGCUAGGAUCCCCUGAAAAACCGUUAUCAGAUCUAGGCCUCCUCUCCUAUCGCCAAUAUUGGACCGAGAACCUAAUAGAAAUCCUCCUCGAUUUCAACGAACGAGAAGAUAAAGUCAGUAUCGAGGCAUUAGCUGCUCAUUUAGCGAUGACACCGCACGAUGUAGAGAGCACGCUGCAGGCGCUCCAGAUGCAAAUAUACCAUAAGGGUGAGCACAAGAUAGUGCUGCCGAUGCAUUUGAUCAAGAGACAUGAGAUGUUAAAGGAGAAGCAAAAAACGAAGCCAAAGAGAGUGAUUGACCCUGCGAGAAUACAGUGGAAGCCUCCUACCUUUACGGCUGCGCAGCGCACUUGGGGUUGGUAG